CUUCCGCAAUUGCCCAUUGAAAUAUGGGAACGUACAAUCGAUCAUCUGUGGAACUCGCCCCCGACCCUUUUAUCGUGCUCUCUUGUAUGCAAGAGCUGGUGUUAUAGGAGCCGAUUUCAUCUAGUGAAACGACUCGUACUUCAUACCCGCAAGGCAGUCAGACAAUGCGCCCACAUGGUGAAAGAGCAUCCAAUCUUGAAGCCAAGGGUUAUGACUUCCAUUUUCGAGACCCACCCGUCGCACAUUGAGUGCAGGCCAGUUGCACAGCUGGGCACAUUUGCCACGAUGUUUGCUGGGAGGCUGCCUCAUGUGAAGGUGAUGGCGAUUUGGCACGUCGAGUGGCAAUCUGGUGAGAUGCACGAGGGUAUAUUUCUGCACCUCUCGGCGUUCACUUCAGUCGUUCGUCUGCAACUGGCAGAUGUCAAGUUCCCCAAUCUACUCGUCUUCGGCCGCAUCAUAUAUGCCUUGCCGAACUUGGAAGAAUUCAGCUAUAACCAAUUGUCAUUCACCAACGAGACAUUCGAU